AUGAUUUACGAUGUGAGGAAGUGUGUGGUGAUGGAGGUGGAGUGUGCCGACAAGCCAAGAGUACCGGGGGCCUGCGCCACUUUUCGAUUCACCUGGGUGCAGGGCCUCGGUGGUGGGUUUGAUGCCCCCCAUGCCGCCAGUGUGUCCAGUAGCACAGAGGGCAGCGGCGUGGGGAAACCUUCAGAGCCCCCUGUGGCCAGCACUCGGACCAAACCUGUGCUGGGUACUGAAGUGGUGUCGGCAGCUCAGAGUGGGUGCGUGCGCCUGAGCUUUGAGUUCCAGGUGGCGGAGCAGACAAGUGUGGUGUGGGAGACCGUGGUUGUGGGCCGCCGCCUCUACCUGUGGCUGGUGCACCUCCCGGAGGGCAGCAAGGAGGCCUUCGUGUCUCUGCUGGAGUACGCCGAGGAGGUGCUGGGCUGCUCCCACGUCCUGGUCUGCUUCAAGAAGGACCGCAGUGACAGGGCUAUGUUACUGCGCACCUUCAUGUUCCUGGGCUUCGAGGCACUGCCACCCGGACACCCUCUGGCCCCGGCUGCCGGCGACCACCUCUACAUGGUGUAUCAUAUCGACUAACACCGCCCGGCCACGCAACACCCUCGGGCCGCCCGCAGAACACCCGCCGGCCGCCCUCUGUACGCUGGACUACACUAAUAACCCCAUACUCCCCCCUAGCCUAGCCUGACCUGACCUGACCUAACGAAACCUUCUCUUCUUCCAGGUGGACUUUUUAUUAUUUUUGAAAGUCAAGAUUUACUCAUUGUCAUUUCAAGUCUCUCGCAAGAAUCAUUAUUGCUGUAAUGUUAGUUUAUUCUUCCUCAUUAUUAUAACUCUUCUGAAUUGACGUUAUUUUAUUUGAAGUCAAGAUUAACUCGGUCAUUUUCACCUCAAAUUAUUCCUUCUCGCCUGAAUCAUUAUAUUGUAUUACUAGUCUGUUCUUCAUCAUUAUUAUUAGUGGUAUUAUUUCUCUUUUGAGUUGAUUUAUUAUUUUAUUUCAAGUCAAAUUUACUCAUUAUCAUUACAAGUUAUUCCUUCUCUCACCAGAUUUAUUAUUGUAUUUCUCUUCAUUAUUAUUAUUGAUAUUAUUACUAUGAUUGUGUGAUAUAUUGUUAUAAAUAAUAGUGAAUUUUAUGAAGUCUUGAGUAAGGAUUUUGUAACAGUCUCAACAUCAAGCAAUCAUUAGUCCCCUCAUUGUG